GGAGGCAGCUGCUCCAGAACCGAAAUUGAAAGCAAGCAGGUGGACUGGGAGCUUGCGCUUUACCUCUGCAGAUGCCCAGGUCCUCCCCCCAUGUCUGACCUGGACUGGGGUUUUCAUCAGGCCAACAUGAAGCUCAAGGAACGAGUGUGUCUGCUGCCUUCCCCAGCGAGAACAGGAGAGCAGCCAUAACCAGCAGACCACAGCAUUCAGGCAUCCUGUGAGUGGGCAGUUUUCUCCAGAAAACAGUGACUUUAUUCUUCAAGAAGAGCCAAAUCCACAUAUGUCGAAGCAAGAGAGAAACCAAAGACCGUCCAGCAUGGUCAGCGAAACGUCCACAACUGGGACCACGUCCACCGUGGAGGCCAAACCCGGCCCCAAGAUCAUCAAGUCCAGCAAUAAAGUCCACAGUUUUGGGAAGAGGGACCAAGCCAUUCGGAGGAACCCCAAUGUUCCGGUCGUGGUGAGGGGCUGGCUGCACAAGCAGGACAGUUCUGGGAUGAGGCUGUGGAAAAGGAGGUGGUUUGUGCUUGCUGAUUAUUGCUUGUUUUACUAUAAAGACAGCCGAGAAGAAGUGGUCCUUGGGAGCAUUCCUCUGCCCAGCUACGUCACAUCGCCGGUGGGCCCUGAGGACCGCAUAAGUCGCAAGUAUUCCUUUAAGGCUGUGCACUUGGGGAUGCGAGCGCUCAUCUAUAACACCUCCGCCGGGGGCUCUCAGGCAGAGCAGUCGGGCAUGAGGACCUACUACUUCAGUGCCGACACCCUGGAGGACAUGAACGCCUGGAUCAGGGCCAUGAACCAGGCUGCGCAGGUGCUGUCUCGGUCGUCAUUGAAGAGGGACCUGGAGAAGCUGGAGCGGCAGGCCGUCCCCCAGGUCAACCACGCGGAGUCCUGUCGUGAGUGUGGCCGCGUGGGACCCGGACAUGCGAGGGAUUGUCCUCAUCGCCGCCAUGAGGACUCCUAUGGCUACGAGAGGCGGGAGCAAGAGGAAGAACGGUACCGUUCGCACGCAUCCGAGGGCAGGAGGGACAGGAGCAAGACCAGGUCCCCGUACUCGCCAGCUGAGGAGGAUGCCUUGUUCGUGGACUUACCCAGUGGCCUGAGAGGCCAGCAGGCACAGCCCCAGAGGGCAGAGAAGAAUGGCAUCGCAUACGGCCCAGGAGAGCAGAAUGGGACGGGCGGAUACCCGAGGGCCUUUCCUCCCAGGACCAACCAUGAAAAGCACAGCCAGAGGAAGAGCAGCCUGGCCCAGGUGGAGCACUGGGCAAAGUCCCAGAAAGGGGAUGGCAGGAGCUUCCCCCCGGACCAGACCCUUCCUCGCCACGGUCCCAGCCAGCCCCUGUCCUUCCCAGAAAACUACCAGACUCUUCCCAGGAGCACCCGUCACCCCUCGGGGGGCUCCUCGCCUCCGCCCCGCAACCUGCCGAGUGACUACAAGUACGCGCAGGACCGAGCCAGCCACCUGAAGAUGUCGAGCGAGGAGCGCCGGGCACACCGCGAUGGCACCGUGUGGCAGCUCUACGAGUGGCAGCAGCGCCAGCAGUUCCGGCACGGCAGCCCCACGGCGCCCAUCUCCCCGGAGUUCCCCGAGCAGGGCCGGAGCAGGAGCAUGCUGGAGGUGCCCCGCUCUAUCUCCGUGCCUCCAUCUCCCUCGGACAUCCCUCCCCCGGGACCCCCGCGGGCCUUCCCACCCCGGCGGCCACACACACCAGCAGAGAGGGUCACGGUGAGGCCACCGGACCAGAGGAGGAGUGUGGACAUCUCGUUGGGCAGUUCUCCCAGGAAGACAUGGGGCCACAUCACCAAGAACUCCUCUCACGUGGACCGACGCUCCAUGCCCUCCAUGGGUUACAUGACCCACACUGUCAGCGCUCCCAGUUUACACGGAAAAUCGCUGGAGGAGCUCUCGCUGCUUCUCACCCGGUUACGGCGGCACCAGGCCAAGUUGGCCAGUGUGCGAGAUUUCGCCGUGGGCCAGUUACUGCAGCACCAGCUGACCUUUCCCACCUGCCAGGCUGAUGAUACCUACCUCCAGCUGAAGAAAGACCUGGAAUACCUGGACCUAAAGAUAAAAAAUAACGAACCUUUGAUCAGCGUGCUUUACAGAGUGCUGAAGAAGUCAGCACAGGGCUGGCGGCCCAGGAGACGCAUGACAGGCCGGGACCUUCUCAAGGAUCGAAGCCUGAAACCAAUGAAGAUUGCCGAGAGUGACAUUGAUGUCAAACUGAGCAUCUUCUGUGAACAAGACAGGAUCCUCCAGGACUUGGAAGACAAGAUACGUGCCCUCAAGGAGAACAAAGACCAGCUGGAGUCCGUGCUGGAGGUGCUGCACAGACAGAUGGAGCAAUACCGAGACCAGCCCCAGCACCUGGACAAGAUCGCCUGCCAGCAGAGGUUGCUGCAAGAGGACCUGGUCCACAUCCGGGCGGAGCUCUCCAGAGAGUCCACUGAGAUGGAAAAUGCCUGGAAUGAAUACCUGAAGCUGGAGAGCGACGUAGCGCAGCUGAAGCAGACCCUGCAGGAGCAGCACCGAAGGGCCUUCUUUUUCCAGGAGAAAUCGCAGAUACAGAAGGAUCUCUGGAGGAUUGAAGACGUCACCGCAGGCCUGAGUGCGAACAAGGAGAACUUCAGGAUCCUGGUGGAGUCGGUCAAAAAUCCUGAGAGAAAAACAGUGCCUUUGUUUCCUCACCCGCCUGUGCCUUCACUCUCAACUUCUGAGAGCAAGCCGCCCUCGCAGCCCAGCCCUCCCACCAGCCCUGUGCGGACCCCUCUGGAGGUUCGGCUCUUCCCUCAGCUGCAAACCUACCUGCCCUACCGACCUCACCCGCCCCAGCUGAGGAAGGUGACGUCUCCUCUUCAGUCACCAACCAAGACGAAGCCCAAAGUUGAAGACGAGGCGCCUCCCAGGCCCCCACUCCCUGAGCUCUACAGCCCGGAGGACCAGCCCCCGGCCGUGCCGCCUCUGCCCAGGGAGGCCACCGUCAUCCGGCACACUUCCGUGCGGGGCCUCAAGCGGCAGUCGGACGAGAGGAAGCGAGAUCGGGAGCAGGGGCAGUGUGUGAACGGGGACUCGAGGGUGGAGCUCCGGUCCUACGUUAGUGAGCCCGAGCUGACGACUUUCGGUGGGGACGUGGCCCAGCCUCCCCUGGGGCCCGUGGGCUCUGAGAGCAGGUACCAGACGCUGCCCAGCAGAGGGCUCUCCGGGUCCACAUCAAGGCUCCAGCAGUCGUCCACCAUUGCGCCCUACGUCACCCUCCGGAGGGGUCUGAAUGCCGAAAGCAGCAAGAUGACCUUCCCUAGACCCAAGAGUGCCUUGGAGCGUCUGUACUCAGGGGACCACCAGCGGGGCAAGAUGAGUGCGGAGGAGCAGCUGGAGCGCAUGAAGCGGCACCAGAAGGCCCUGGUCCGGGAGCGCAAGAGGACGCUGAGCCAAGGAGAGAGGACGAGCCUGCCCUCGUCUCGCUACCUCAGCCACCCACUCCCUGGAGAUAUUGGCUCAUGGAAGCGCGAGCAGGACUUUGACCUGCAGUUGCUGGACCGCGCCGUGCAAGGGGAGAGGAAGGACGAGGAGGAGGAUGGCUGGUUGAAAGUGCAGGCCGUGCCUGUCACUGAGUUGGACCUGGAGCCGCAAGACUAUGACUUGGACAUCAGCAGAGAGCUGUCCAAACCAGAGAAGGUCUCCAUCCCUGAGCGUUACGUGGAUCUGGACCCUGAGGAGCCGCCCAGCCUGGAGGAGCUGCAGGCGCGGUAUCGAAAAGCCGAGAAGAUCCGCAGCAUCCUCACCCGGUCCAGCAUGUGCAACCUGCAGCCGGCCUCAGGCCAGGACCGGAGGAACAGCGUGGCCGACCUGGACUCACAGAUACAGGAGCAGGAGCGCAUCAUCAACAUCUCCUACGCCCUGGCCUCCGAGGCCUCCCAGCGCAGCAAGCAGGUGGCAGCGCAGCAGCUGGCCCUCCUCCCGCCUAAAGGCCCCCUGUCCUCCAGGACGGUGCCACCUUACCCCCCCUUAAGCAACGGACUUCACUACACCUUUGUCUAACACCUUCCAACCCAGGCAGCGACUGACCCGUGACCAGCGUGCGGAGGAGAAGCCUGCAGCCAGGGGUCCUGUGGAACCAGCUUGCUCUGAGAGAAGACUGAGUUUUCUUCCCCCAAGAAAACCCCUCCCAGCUGAGCAGGGGUUCUGGCUGGGGGAGGGGGCAGCCCACCAGAUGGGGGUGUCCCCCACAGGGCUGGGUCCCCCACCCCCGCCUCGUGUUAGUUGACUCCUUUUGACAUGACAGACGCACUUUUGAUACACACUGUAAAAUGCUGACACUGUAUUUUAGAAUCAGAAUAUAUUUUCUAAUGUUCACCUCAAGGGCUGAGUGGCCGGAAAGGCGAGGGUGCAGGAUGUGGGGGCUGCGCGUGCAGAUUCAGGUACUGUUGGGUGGUCGGUGUGGAGGGGGAGGAAGGCAGGGCAAAGCAGAGGCAAGUCCGACACCGAUGAACUCAGGUGAAGGCUGGAUCUGAGCAGGUGCUUCCAGUGGACUCUGCCGUCAGGGUCCUGGGCCUGCUCCCGGGAAAAGAGGGGCCCUGGGCUGCAGAGCUCAGCUGUCCCCGACCUGGCCGAUGACCGGCUCUGGAGUGGAGACUCCACCAGGACGGCAUGUGGAGCCCAAGUCUGUGCCUUGGCCCUUGGGUUUGGUUUCGGGAAACAGUGAGUUCAAGAGCUUUGGCUCCCGGCCCCCCCCCCCCCCCCCCCCCCCCCCCAUGAGGUUCUCUCAGCAAAGGGCCCUUCUCAGAAAGAAAAAAGUGGUUUGCUUUCAUUUAAAAAAUAUACUUUGAAAUACAGAAAAGGUGAGAGGAAGCACCUUUUGUUGUAUCGUAAGCAAUAAACUCCACACUGGGUGGCAUCUACCCAGCACUACUUGACUCCAGGCUAGGCUGGGGUCGGAAUCCGGGACCUUUGCUGGCUGCCCCUGGAGAACCUGAGUCAGCUUUCCCAGGACUCGGUCUGGUGGCCAGAGGCCUGGCAGUGUGCCCCACCGUCCCUGCUGGCUGCCAACCAGCAGGGCACAAUGGCAGGACCUUGACUUGACUUCCAGCCUCAAAUGAGGAGGGGGCUGCCAAGCCAGGCAUAGAGUUGGUGGCCCUUCAUUUAAGUCAUGAGCUCAUGACAUUCUGCAUACAGAAAGCGAUGUUUAAAGGAAAACAAACAAACAAAAAACCCCAUCCGGUGGAGCCACGCUUUAAAUGAAAAUUGGUCUUUGACUAUGGUCAGAAAAAACGUCUUGAAUAUAUUUAGGAGUUGCCGUCUAUUUUUAACUAACUCCAUAUGCUGCCAGUAUCGACGUCAUGCCAAUUGCCAAAAUAAGAUUUUAUUUUUGCCUUUAUAAAGAUUUUGUUGGAAAAAUGAAAUGAAUAUUUUGCAAGAAAAAGUUAAUUUAAAUAAAAGUGUAAUGGUUUGCAAAAAAAAAAAUGUGAUGUACAGAUUAAAAUAUUAACCUGAUACAC